GCGGCCCCUCUGCCCGGAAGGUGGAGCAGUUCCCAAAGGCCUCGGGGUCAGCGGGACUGGAGCCCUGCGCCUGCCCAGCCGGAGUCUCCAUGCUGCGCGUACUGAGCAGCUCCCUGCGCCUUCCGCGCCCCUGGAGGCCCCCAAGGGCCCGGGGCUGCGCCUCUGCAGCAGGGAACCCCGAGAUCCAAGUGCGCGCCCUGGCAGGUCCCAACCAGGGAGUCACUGAGAUUCUGAUGAACAGACCUAGAGCCCGGAAUGCCCUCGGACACGUCUUGGUCAGUGAGAUGCUAGAAGCUCUGGCCCAGUUACGCCAGGACUGGCAAGUGCGAGUCCUGCUCUUCAGAAGUGGAGUAAAGGGUGUGUUCUGUGCAGGCGCAGACCUAAAGGAGCGGGAACAGAUGAGCGAAACAGAAGUGGGGGUGUUUGUCCAGAGACUCCGAGGCCUGAUGAAUGAUAUUGCAGCCUUCCCUGCGCCCACCAUUGCAGCUAUGGAUGGCUUUGCCCUAGGAGGAGGCCUGGAACUUGCCCUGGCUUGUGACCUCCGAGUGGCAGCUUCCUCCACAGUCAUGGGACUGAUUGAAACUACCAGAGGGCUCCUCCCAGGGGCAGGAGGGACCCAGAGGCUGCCUCGAUGCGUGGGGGUGUCCCUGGCAAAAGAGCUCAUCUUCACAGGCCGGCGACUGAAUGGGACCCAGGCCCAGGCCAUGGGACUGGUGAACCAUGUUGUGGCCCAGAAUGAGGAAGGCGAUGCUGCUUACCACCGGGCAAGGGCACUGGCCCAAGAGAUCCUGCCCCAGGCUCCCAUUGCUGUGAGACUGGGCAAAGUAGCCAUUGACCGAGGAAUGGAGGUGGACAUUGCCUCAGGGAUGGCCAUUGAAGGGAUAUGCUAUGCCCAGAAUAUUCCCACCCAGGACCGGUUGGAGGGCAUGGCAGCCUUCAGGGAGAAGCGGCCUCCCAAAUUUGUUGGCGAGUGACUACUAUUUUAAACAUUGGAGACACGCAUCUUAAAGGGAAGGAUCUGGAAAGAAAAUUAGCAGCACAACUACCCUCAUCAUUUCACAUCCUCUGGCUUCGGUUUGCUCACAAGAUCACGGUGGAUAUAGAAUGACUGGCAUGUUACCUAGCACUAAGUGACUAACUUUGCCACAUUAUUUCUCAUCCUGGCUAAAUAGUCACUUGGGUCAGGUUUGCUUUGGAGACUGUCUCCCUCAAAUGAUAAAGAUCAAAAUAAGUUCUGAGCCUCUUUAUCAUUACCUUUCA